AUCUUAAACAUAUUUACUUGCAUAAGUCUUAUCAGCGAAGGUUGCUAUAUAAGAUUCUGUAUGAUUUAAUUUCAUUGCAUUUCAUAUCUUUGUCUGAAUAAGGCGCAAGUCAUGGCUCAGAACAAGCUUUCGUCAGAGGAAAUCUUCGCUUUGGAAGACAAGUAUGGUUGUCGCAACUACGCGCCUUUGCAAGUUGCCUUGACUCGUGGUGAAGGUGCGUUCGUGUGGGAUGUAGAAGGCAGGCGGUACUAUGAUUUCUUGAGCGCUUAUUCCGCAGUCAAUCAGGGCCAUUGUCAUCCCAGGAUUAUAAAGGCGCUUAAUGAACAAGCAAAUAAACUUACUCUUGUCUCCAGAGCAUUCUACUCUGACCAGCUGGGUAAGUACGAGAAAUUCAUGACGCAGUUACUGGGGUACGACCGACUGUUGCCUAUGAACACUGGUGUGGAGGGCGGCGAGAGCGCUUGCAAGAUCGCGCGCAAGUGGGGCUAUGAGGUUAAGAAGAUACCGCAAAACCAAGCUAAGAUAAUAUUCGCGGAGGGCAAUUUUUGGGGCCGCACGCUGGCAGCGGUGUCCUCUUCGUCGGACCCGACGUGUUCCGAUGGCUUCGGCCCCUACAUGCCAUGCUUUGAACUAAUUCCGUACAAUGAUAUCCCCGCCUUAGAGAAAACGCUACAAGACCCUAACGUGGCCGCGUUCAUGGUGGAGCCGAUCCAAGGCGAGGCUGGCGUCGUGAUCCCGGACACUGGAUACCUGCAGAAGGUCAGGGCGCUCUGCACCAAGUACAACGUGCUGUGGAUCGCCGACGAGGUGCAAACAGGAUUAGGUCGCACUGGCAAGUUAUUAGCUGUCGAACACGAGGGUGUGAAGCCAGAUAUUCUGAUCCUGGGCAAAGCGCUCAGCGGUGGCGUUCUGCCGGUCUCCGCAGUUCUGGCCAACAAUAAUGUUAUGGAUGUAAUCAAACCAGGAACGCACGGGUCAACUUAUGGUGGUAAUCCCCUAGCGUGCGCUGUAGCUACGGAAGCUAUUAAGGUUUUAUUAGAGGAAAAAUUGAUAGAGAAUGCGGCGCGCCUUGAGGCGGUGUUCCGCGCUGAGCUGGAGAAGAUCCCCAAGUCGAAGGUGAACGUGGUGCGCGGUCGCGGACUCAUGUUCGCUAUUGUCAUUGAUGACAGUAUUCCAGCAUACGAGGUGUGCAAGCGACUGCGCGACGCGGGCUUGAUCACGAAGCCAACUCACGGGCAAACCAUCCGCCUCGCGCCGCCACUCGUUAUCACAGAGCAACAGAUCCGCGAGGGAGCAAGCAUCAUUCAGAAAGUACUCGAAGACUUCAAGAAGUAAAUUCAUUCCCAAUAGCAUAUGGUAAUUCCUCAGCCCGCGACCCCAAGCUUCCGGAAUUGUUGCGGUAAACAGAUAUGUGUUCUUCGUUGCUUAGUCUAUGGCCACUUAAUCUAUAAAGAAUCCGCGUGAAAUGAAUGUUGCCAGUAUUGAGUAUUUAAAUUCAAUUAAGUAUUUAAAAUCAAUCAAUGAAACAUGUCGAUAAGUUUGUACGUAUGAUAAAUAUUAGAUGUAAUUUAGUACCAAAGAGCAUACAUAAAUUCUUGCAUGAACAUAAAGGGCCCCCUAGUAUAAUAAAUUCCUUAUUUAAAAGUCCAGGGCCAUCGUAUAAUCGUUUUAGUUUCGGAACUUGAUAUUCCGGGUUGAACUUAUAAACACUAUAUUGCCUAGUCUGUUCUUAACAGUUAUUUUUUUAUCGAUAAAUUGAAAACAAAAGUUACAUGGUUUUUAUUGCAUUAA